AUGGCACAUACAUCGAAGGAACAAAAAGUGCCAAGGGUUAACAUGAGUGAUAGGCUAUGCUAUAACGUUAUCUGUGAUAGAAUUUAUCAGUUCUUACCAGUGAAGUCGAGUUUUACAUAUUAUACACAAGUUGAAGAAUUCGAAGUUUUUUUAAAAUGCAGAGAUAUUUUACUUACUGUCGUGGCUAAAGAUAGAUUACAUCAUAUUUUAAUUCAUAUUAUGAACUGUAUAGAGAAAAAAAUUUUAACGAAUAACAUGGCAAUCACUGAGGUAACCUUUGAACAAUUCCAAAGUAUCAUUGUCUUGAUGAGAUUGUUGAAUGAUCUUAUUGAAUACAACUGGGAUAUGCAUGAUAUGAAACAGUUAAAAGCCAGUGAACAAAAAAAAGUGCAUCAAUUGGAUAAUGCAAUCUUUAGGAAUAGAAUGGUAGGGUUUGCAUCUUCAAGAACUCAAUCGCAUUCUACAAGACCAAGUAAACUUCCAACUGAUAAUAAUCUGAUCCAUAGAUUAUUGAAUUUUUGUAAUAAUUUGAAAUUUCAUACCUCCACAAUAAACACAUUACUAUCGUCUUCUGAUGAUUUAUACGGUCAACAUCUACAUUUAAGAUUCAUGCUAUUAGCAAAUUAUCAAGAGAUCUUGAAGAAGAACUCCCUACUUAAAACGGAUGCAAUUUUAUUAGAUGUAACAAUUGCUCAUUUGCAAUCCUUUUUAGCAGCGUCCAAUCCAGAUGAAUAUUCACUUUAUUUAAAUGAAAAGUUGUUACAACCAUAUUUUGCACAUAUUCAUUCACCGAAUGAAUACAAUCAUCAAUCAGCAAGGAAAGAUGAAUUUGAAUUAAUAAAAUAUUUCGAUUUAUUCGCAAGUUUACAAAUAACGUCAAGAGAUUUAAUCCAUUUUUUGGAGAUCGUAGAAAAACUGUCAACUGUACUAGGAAAAACAAUUUUCAAUACUGUAUUUAUAUCCCAUGUUACCAAAACGUUACAAAUUUGGAUUACAUCAAAACCAAAUGAUUUCUUAACCUUUAAUAAAAUGCAUCAGAAUGAAAAAAGAUUAGAUCGAUACGAAAUUAUAGAAUCAUUAUUCGAUCAAUUAUUUUCAACAUACAAAGUGUCAUCAUUACUUACUUCAAAUUUUGCUAGAGAUCCGAUAAUUCCAACAUCAUCAGCACCUAUACAAAUAAACAGCACAAGUGUAAAUUACAACAUUUCAGAACAGAACACAAGUUUGAAUCCAUUUUCAAAAUCAAACUCCAGAUCUAGUACCGGAACUUCAACGAAUAAUCCACAUAUAAAUCCACUACAACCGGUGGGACUCAGCAGAACAUCUAGUAUGAAUAUACUAAAUCAAGAAAAUCAAAGUUUAAAAAGCCAUGCUAAAAAUAAUACUCUAUUAAAUAGUUAUGAAAGGUUGUUUUUUGACCAAAAUUCAAGUAACUCAUCAAUUCAAACAAAUAACAUUAAAGAUGAAAUUAAAGGUGACAGUAGUAAUGAACUGGAUAAUUCACAUCUUUUUUCAUACAUCAACAGAAGAAAAUCAAAUACAGUAUUGACGGAACUUAUUGGAUAUAAUAAUAGUUACACUUCAAGCAACCUUGCAAUUUUAAAUAUUUUGGGUAUCCUUGCGAUUUUACAAAAUGAUGUGAUGAUUGAAGCUUCUAACAUAUCCUUAACUGAUAUCAAUGACCAUCUGCCGUCUAACAUAGACCAAAGUAAAGGACCUUGUUAUUCUGAUUCCACAAAUAAGCAGACUGAUAACGAUUCAUUACCGACUACGUUGAAUAAAAUAAAAUCGUUGAGUAGCAGUAUAAGAAGUUUCAAAAGAAAUCCUCCAAAGAAAAAAACAAUAAAAUUUCUGACGCUUCUGGUUAAAAAUUUAAAUGGUUCAUCAAGCUCAUCUGAAGUCGCUUUACUGGAUUCAUCAUAUGUAUUAUUGUCAAUGCUCUUUUUAGCAUCAACAGUUUCAACCAUCGAUGUUAAAGCACCAGCAGUUUUUUUUUGUUGUAGAUUUAUUAACACAUUUGGCCAAAAUUUACAAGUAGGAAGAAAUUGGAAUGAUAGAGUUAACAAAGCAUUUUCAAACUUUGAAGUGAAAUAUCCACAUAUUUUUAAAGCACUUCAACUAAAAUACUUUAUAUCAUUAUUACAAAUGGACACAAAUAAUUUCAUAGCUCAUUUAUGUUUGGAAGACGUAUUGAGGGAGAGAAAUUUAACAGUAUUAUGUCUAUAUACCGAGGGGUUUUCAUUAUAUUUCCACACAAACCUUACAAACAAAAUAUCAAAAGAAUCUAAUGUGAAGACUCAUGCAUUCUUAAUUGAAUUAUUCUACAUGGUGAUCAAAAUGAGACAUUCCACAAUCAUUGGAGAAAAUGCACUAAAAGAAAUCUUUCGAAAACACAAUAAACAUGUCGAAAAUAUAUUUAAGUGUAAUUUACAAGAGCAUAAAACUGUCAUAUCGAAAAAGAGAGAUUUUUAUUUUGGAUAUGAUUCAAAUCUAGAUAUAUCUGAUAACGAUCAAAACGAUAAUGAACUAAUUACACUGUCAUCAAAUCCGAGUUCAGUUCAACAACAAAUGGAAACAAUAUCUAAAUACAGUUACAAAUCUAUAAGAUCUAAAACACCAGUUUCUGUCCAAUCUUCAAUAAUAUCAAAUGAGGUUGAUCAAAAUGAAGUUGAUUUAGAAAUUAUGGUAUCAACUAUUUUAACCAUUUUUAGUAGAAAGAUUUAUUAUUUUUUUACACCAGAAAAUGUUGAUUCUAUCGAUUUAACUUACAUUAUAGAAACGAAUCUUUGUGUUGUGAAGAUAAUUGCAGAUGGUUAUUUUAGCACUAAUGAUGCUAUAAAUAAAUCAUCAAGAACUUUUGUAAAAGUCUUCUUGGAAUUUUUGACAAAUAUUAACAAAGAUUCUCCUGUCCAACUAAUUGUCAGUGCAUAUUUUAUGACAACAGGUAUAGUAUUUAUGAUUUCAAAACUUUUAACUAAUUUGAGUCUGUCAUACGAAUCUCGUGAAGUUUUAUUACAAGCUGCAUUACAAUUUAUGAAUACGAAAUAUUAUUUAACAAAGUUAUUACAGGAUAAUGGACGUGGUUACCAUAUUUCCUUAAUUGUUGAAAGUCAAUUAAAUGACAUUGCUGCUGUUGUUGGUAAAGCUUUAUUUUUAUCUCUUUGUUGUGGGAAACCUAAAAUUCAACAAAUCGUUACUGAUCUUUAUAAGUCAUAUUACAAAUUUGUUCUUUUAUAUGGUGAAAUAAUAGGUAGGUCAGAUGAAGAACUUGAUAUUCAACUUGAUUUUAUCCGUUCACUUUCAUCAGCUAAUUAUAUCUUAAUGGGUAACAUCGCCUUUCAACAUUACUUAUUGGAUACCAUUAUGAAACACCUACAAGUUCCAAAUAGGAUAUUAGUGGAAUCAAUAUUUAUUAUUUAUGAUAGAUGGUUGUAUCUUUCACAAAAUAAGCUUGCAUUAACACAAGACCAAUUUGAUGAGUUCAGAAUAUUUGCUGGUGUUAUCGCUGUUUCUUCAGGUAUCAUCCUUUCACAAAAGACUAAUACCGACAAUUAUUACAUAAAAGAAAACAUUAAUAGCCUGGAAGAAAAAUUUAACUAUUUUAUUGUGCAGCAAUGUAUUUGGAUAAAUGAUUCAAGUUUAUUAACCAGAGAAAAUGCAAGAGAUAUUUUAAGUCAUGAAUUACAUCCUCUUGCCUAUAAUAUUUUAUUAACUAACAUAAAGAAAAAAUUCGAUGAGAUAUCUAAGUCUACUACAAAUGUUAUACUUGAUGAUUAUUGGUAUUCAUUUAUUGAACAAGUUAUUAUCAUUUUAAGAACAAUAUUACAGAAAGACGAUGAUGCUACGAAAAAGAAUUUAAUAUUGGUUUCAGUUGAAAUUAUUGACAUAAUAGAGUUCCUAUGCAUACACAUAAAAAAUAUUCCAGCCAGCAAUUCAAAAUUUCAUAAGAUUGUUAUUCAAAUGUUAAAACUGUUUAAAGGAAUUCAAUCAUCCGAAAAUAAAAUGUUUAUCAAAUGUCAUUUUCAAUUGAAAAAUAAGUGGUUAAAAUUCAUCUUGGAAAUAUUUAAUGAUUCAGUGAACCAUGACUUCGAUUUUAAUAACAUAACCUUAUCACAUAAGGAUAUGGAUCUUGACAAAAGGAAAAUAGAUUCUCUUUUUAUUGAUAGACUUUUGGAAUCGUCCAUAACCUUAAAAUAUCUAACAAAAAAUCUUCCAAUCGAAGUAAUUCCUUCAUCAGCUGAUAAUGAUUUGAGAAAAUUAAAGGCAACUGAAUUUGGAAAAUAUUUUAGCUAUUUGUUUAAAGGGUUAGAGAUAUGUCAUAUCGAUGAUAACAUUCCUCAUUUCUUAAGUAAUAAGAAAACUCUCAUAAGCAGUAAUAUUAUUGCAUCAUUAGCAAAUUUGACUAAUGCAAAUUCAGAUGUAGGAAUUGAAUACGCCUUACCACUCGGGCUAUCAUUGAGUAGAGAAAUGAAAAUGUCAUUUUUAAAAGUUUUUAUUAACAUUAUUCAAUCUGAAAAAAAAUAUAACCAACACGAAGAUGAACAUAACAAAAUUAUUAUAUUUACUGAAUUGACCAAAUAUUUUCAAAAGUUUCCUUUCCUUAUAAGUGACUUUUGUAAAGUUUGCCCAUCUGAUAUUAUUGAUGAAUUUUCAGUUGGAAUUUUCGAAGCUUUUGGUGCAACAACCUUUUUCAAUAUCCUUUUUAAGGAACUGCUAUCAAAUGAGAUUUCAACAAUAUUACGUCCAUCUGAAAUUCUAAGGAGAAAUAGUUGCACAACUAGUAUCUUAACUUUAUUUGCCUCUAGUAGAGGCCAUGAAUACUUAGUGGAUGUCCUCAAACCAGCAUUAUCAAAUAUUGUAUGUUCAAACGAUUUAAUGGAUAUAGAAAAGCUAGAUCCGGAUGAUCCAGAGACAGGUCAUAAAGUAUCUAUAUAUUUGAGUUAUUUUGAUAAAAUUGUCGAAUCCAUCAUAGGUUCUCAAGAUAUAUUUCCAGAAUCUUUUUUUGAUGUUUGUAAAUCGAUCUAUGAUGUUACUACUACAAGAUUCCGAGACCAUGGAGAGAUCGCUGUUAGUGCAUUCCUUUUUUUGAGAUUUAUUUGUCCUUCAAUUAUAACACCAGAAACAGAAUCAAUAGAAUCGAUUUUUGAUACCAAUAAAAAGAAAGUUUGUUUGUCAAUGGCUAAGUUACUCCAAAUGAUUGCAAAUGGUUCGGAUAGUCUUACCAGAUGGCCUUCUUUAAAAAAUGAAAUUAAUAGGUUGACUAUUUAUCGUGAGAAAAUAUUUUCGUUUAUCAAAAGUGUAUCAACUAAAGACAAAAUAAUUCAAAAUGAUACACAAGUAUCAACAGAUCUUGUACCCAAUCUCGCAUUUCUACAAAAAGUCCUGUACUUUAAUGAAUUAUCUAUCAGGAAAACGUUACUAAAGGAUGUUCAAUGUUUUGGAAGUGUCGAAGAAUUCAUAAACUUAAUUGAAAUUUUUGAUACAUUUAUGGGAAAGUUUAAACAACCAAAUUUUAAUCCAAAUAACGAUCUUCCGCAAUAUGUUAAGGAGCAUAUGUAUGAUAUGCCUCGGCUGUACAAUUUUAUGGAGAAAAAUGUUUUCAAGAAGAAGAACUCAACUAUUAUUUACAAGAAUUUCAUUACAGAAUCUAUUUCUUCAGAUAAUAUACCAACAAUUACUGUUUCAUUCAGGCACUUACAAUAUUACUCAAUUUCUAAUGAUGAAAUGGUUUAUCAUUUCAUACAAACUUAUUCGAAAAUAUGGACAACAAAAAAUUACCUUGUUUUUGAUUGUACAGAUUACUGUUCUGAUGGGUUAGAUAGUUUAGUACCGUUCUUAACUUUACUACUAACUUUGAUUCCAGAAGAAACUCUAAAAUUAUGUGUUUCGUUAUAUGUCAUCAAUGCUGAUUCAUCUGCAGUUGAUCAAGCACUUAAAGGGGGAAGUAACGUUGGAUUAUUUUUAGCAGCAUAUGGUAAACAAAAAUGGAUUACUAGUAAUGAAGAUGGUAAUAUUAUUAAAUUCUUAGGCACUAAAGGCGAGACCUUAGAAAUUGUUAAAGGAGUUCGUAUCUUUCUAAAAGAUGUACUGCUUUAUGAUCAUGACAGUAAGAAGUCAGUAGCUGUUGCUUUACAAAUAGGUACUAAUCACAUUCAGGUAUUAAUCCAAGAACCUAAAAAAAUCAAAUUGACAGACACAUCAACAGUAACUGAAAUAAAGGUCAAUCAUGUUUAUCAUAUUUCAAGAAUAUUGUCGGUCGACAUUUCAUCCUACUCGGGGAAUGACUCUGAAUUUACUAUCGCACUUGAUUCAGGUUCAGUAACAUUAUGUUGUGACAAAUAUUUGGAUGUCAUAAGAAUGAUAAAUCAAUCCAUGUCACGCAUAGAGGAGGACGCUUCAAAUCAAGAUAACCUCAUGUCUCGUCCCGAAUCAGUGGUUCUGGAGGAGAAGGAUAAGGAAAUCAAUAAAAGAUAUAUUGUAUCCAAUUUGCUAAUUAUUCUACUUUUAGGGUUUUCUGAUGACGAUAUGAAAAUUAAAGAAGUAUCUUACAACUUAAUGGUGGCUCUACAAAAUACUUAUAAAAUGGAUUUUGGGUUCUUUUUAUAUACCAGUCCAGAAAUAUAUGUAUCACAAAAUGGUUCACAAAUUCUUACUGAAGUUACCAAAACAUUAGUCGCUAAAUCCUCUGAGCUAACUCCAUACAUUAUACCAUGCCUCUUAAAUCUUCUGGAGAGUGAUAUUUUAGAUUUUGAUGAUAUACCAACUUAUUUAUCAUAUCUUUCAGCUUGGAUGCAUAAUGUAUACCAACACAUAUACAUAGCGGAUCUGAACGAAGAUGGUGUUGCUUUGACCACAAAAAUUAUUCACAGGGUAAUAAGAUUAACCGUCAAACAUGAAGCUUAUUCAAGUUUAUAUAUAGACAAUAUAUGGCAUCCUAUGCUGGUAGAAUUACAAUUCAUUAAUAUUGUAGUAGACGAAACACUAGUGUAUGCAUCUGAGAGAUUAUAUGAAAAUAAGGAUAAAAACAAAGUGUUGAAUAUACUAGGUUCUUUACCGACUUUUCCAGUAGCAAAAAUUGUUAUAGGUAAGUUAUUGGAUAUAAUUAAUUCCUUUUCACACUCGUUAAUUUAUGAGGCUAGUAACAAAAGUUGGUCAGAUCUUCUAAUUUUGUCAAAAUUAGCAUCUGAUUUGUUUUUCCAAAACACUUUAGUAGCUCAAAAUUUUCUUCCAGAAACUCUAAUCAUCAUCUCAUUGUUAAUUGAUUUGGGCCCACUCGAACUGAGGGAAACACUUUUUGGAUUAUUAAUGAAUGUAUGUAACUCAUUAGCAAUCAAUAAUACAUUGCCAAGUACGAGUAAAAAACAAUUAGACUCACUCUGUCAAAUAUUUGUUUCGCACAGAUUAAGAUUUAUUUAUGGUUUCAGUCAAAAUAAAAACCGUAUUUUACCAAGAAUGAGUGCAGAAAGUUUUCAAGUAAAUUUUAAAACACUUGAAUACUUCAUUGAUAAUAUUCUAUUAUUAAUGGAAAAUUAUGAUGGUUUUGAAUCUGCGCAUUGGAAAGCAUCCUAUAAAAGUCAUAUAAUUAAUAUUUUAUUCAAUAAGAAAACCUUAUUGUCUGCAAGAGCUGUUAUGAUUUUAGGGAUUGUCAACAAAUCAAAAACCCCAGAAUAUUUGACGAAGAGAAUUCUGUACAAUAUGAUGCUGGCUACAGCAGAACCAGAUUUGUCUGAAGAGCAAUUGUUUUUAUCUAUUGCUCAUGUGCAUACUUGUAGCAAAUUGGUAGAAGGACUCGAUCCUUCUUUGGAAAUAAUGAAAUCGAUGUUUUGGUUGUCAACCACUUAUGUGAUAUCAGAGCAUCCAUUAUUUUUUGAAGCAGGUUUAAUUUUCUUAACCAAUAAUAUUAAACGAUUAUUUAUGGUUGAAUUACAUAAAGGUAAGAAUGGCAGACCAUUGAUAGAUAUUUUAUUGGAGACAAAGGGGCAACUACAACCGCAAUAUAGUGAGAUAGAAAAACUGGUUAAUUUUCGUUGGGAUAAGCAUAAUUUCACUUAUAUCUUAUUAUGGACCGUUUCCAGAGGUUUAUCGUUUCCACACAUCAAAGAAUUUGCUCUAUUUUGUUUAGUUCAGUUAUUCAGAAACACUUAUUAUGAAUUUGCUGCUUUCAAGAAGGACACUCAUUAUUUAUCAUAUUAUUUGUUUGUAUUUGUUACAAUGACACCAAGUCAACUAGAAGACGUGAUAAAUGCCGUUGAAUACGAGGAAGAAGAAGAAUUUUAUCAAUUUGAUUCUACCAAUAAAGUAACCAAACAUCUACUAGAUUGGUUAGUUUCAGAUAACGAAGAUACAAUGAUUACACUAUAUCAAAUUGCACUUAUUUAUCGUAAUUUAUUAAUUGAUGACGCCGGUAAAUUUAGAUUUGGAUUAAUCAUGAAAUAUUUACUGGAAAAAAAUCCUGUUUGUGUUCUUCCAAUAUAUAACAUUAUUCAACCCGAAUUAUUUAAUCAAUUGGCUACAGAUAAAAAUAUAUUGAACUCAGAUCUUGCCUUUGAAAUCAUCGGAUUAGUCUCACGGAUGUCAGAAUUCAAUAAAGCUUCUAAAUACGAGGAAGAAUUAUUAGAAACUCUAGGUAAAAGAGAUCUGAGAAUAAUAAACAGUUUAACCACGAGACAAAACGAAAGCAAACUUUUUUUUGACCCAACGAACUUAACAUUAUCUUCAAUUGUUGCGGAAGAGAAAAAAUACACUAUAAGACUUAUAUCAAAGAUUAUUCAGAAUUCCGACGAGUUAAAUAACAAUAUUUCAAGUUCACCAUCCACUUCACGCAUCAGUUGA